AUGCCUUCUCAAGGACUUCGCAUCUCUGCCGUCCUCCUGCUCGUGCUCGUGCAGGCGGAAGGCGCAUCAAGCUCGUCGGGCGACCAGGAUGUGGCAUUCGACUUGUCGAUGUUUGAUGACAUCAAGGAAGCUUUCGGAUCAUUAGAUCCAGACAGCAACAAGUCCUACGAGACGCAGGCGCAGGAGGCCAUUGCAAACCUGGUGAAUUCCGUGAAGAGCGUCGUUCCAGAGGAAGUGAAGGAAGAGAAGUCCUUCCUUGCAAAAGGACAGACGUGCAAGAGGAAGUGUGCAAAGGAAAUGAAGCGGCAUUUGGGUAACACUUGUGAGCACCUCGAAUUCCGGGUGCAGGAAGCGAAGAAGGUCAACCAUGCGCAUCUUAUUGAGUCAACGGAAAAUGUUCUCAAGAUUUGCAAGCAGAGCCAGAAGCACCAUGACGAGCACUGCAAGUGGCGCUGCUGGCGUGAAGAGCUUUUUGCUGUCGGCAUCGUGACCAGCUACGAUGCCGCCAAGGGCUUCGGCUUCCUGAAAGUCGAGGGAAUACGGGGCGACGUCUUCUUCGCAAGGUCAGACCUUCCGCCGGAUCUCAGGGAGGAGGACAAGAAGGAGAAGGUCAUCCACAAAGUCAUAGAGUUUGAGCUCCAGAAGAAGUCCGAUGGGAAGCUGCGUGCCAGGAAGCUGCUCUUCCUCCAUAGGAACCUGGAAGGUGUGGGCCAAAGAACGCGAGGAAGGGUGGCCAAGUACCACCAAGACAAAGGCUAUGGAUUCCUGGAAUGCGAGUACGGCGACAACGUCUUCUUCCUGAGGAGCUCGCUUCCCAAGGACCUGAACGAGGCCGGCUUCGAGGAGCUCUCGCAGCUGGAGAUCUCCUUCCAGAUAUACUUCAAAGAGCAGGGCAAGCCGCGCGCACAAAACUUGGAAAUUGUCGGCAGGGAACGGAGAGAGGAGCGGCCCCAGCUACAGGGCGGUGAGGUUUUGAUUGGAGAAAUCGUGACUUUCGAGCCGGUCAAGGGCUUCGGCUUCGUCCGGUCAGAGAGCUGUGACGAGGAUGUGUACUUCCUGCGCCCGGAGUUGCCAGAGGAACUUGCUGCUGCAGAGCGCAAGGAGGAGGUUGUCGGGGAGCGUGUGGAGUUCGAGGCCAGUUCGCAGCGCAUGUGGUUGAGUUGA